GAGGGAAAUGAUAUCAAGUGUCUGAAAAGAACUUAUUUUGUAGAUUUUUCCAAGCUUGCAUUGCAUAUUAUUUUCAUUUGUGCAUGAAAUAGUUUUUAAACGAGUUCAAGGAAAUUGAAGGGAAAUUUCCUGAACGUAAAUAUUGUGGAUUGUUUUUGUUGCAAUACAUGUAUAAGUAUUCAAAGCUUGAAGUUUCUUACAAUAUUACCAAAAAUUUAUUUGAUAAUGGAUUACUGCAUUAUCAUUGCUCUGUUAUCAAAUGGGAUUGGACUGUUUGCAAAUACUACAGGAGUUUGUUCAAAUGACAGCGAACCCUUGAUAUGCUGUGAAAACUACCGCAAAGUUGGCGAAGCUUGCAAGGAAUGUUGGCCAGGAACGCAUGCUGUUAACUGCAUUCCAUGCCCUCCUAAUUUUUAUGGAAAGCUUUGUAGAGAAUCAUGUAAUAACUGUACACCAUGUUACCCCUCUACUGGGUGUGCUCCAAAUGAAAGUCAUGAUGAGAAUAUUACAUACAAUGCUGCUGAUACAUCGACAAGGACCCACGUACAUUUCUUCAACCAAGGCAAUGUUUGGUUAGCUUUAUCGGUGACUAUAGCCUGCAGUGUUGGUUUUACAGUUUUUAUGCUUAUAUAUUGUAAACUAAGGAAGCGCACAUCAAAACGCUGCCAAGAUAGUCAAGAUUCAGAAAAACCAUCUCCAGAGAUACAGAUGAGUAACCCAACUAGCUGUUUAACACGAGAAAAUAAACCAGGGUUACGCUUGCAAAACAAAUAUGAUUCAAAUAUCAAUAACGGUCAAUUUGAAGACUUUGGACCUUAUGAUACAUUAAAUUUGAAAAUCAGACUCUGGAAAAGCUUAGAAUGUUAGAAUGCGAGUGUCACGACAUCCAUACUCAGUAAUCGCCAACGUUUCUACAUUUUAAGCGAGAAUGAGACAAAAAAGAACAACUCUCGAAGAUCUUUUACUGAGGAAGAUACGUUAAAAUAUUGCUAUUUCAGUUUAUUGUGGAACUAGCCGAGAUGUUUGUGACUUCUGUUUCGUCGCACAUGGCGUCAAACUAACGCACAUGCAUCUCCCUAUAAAUUAUUUUAUUAUUUCCUUCCUUCUACAAUUAUAUAUAAUAAAGUCCCUAAAAUUGUUUGCAAGAGCCCUUCGCCAUCAAGAAUGUUGAUUGACAAUUUUCAUAAACAUUGAUUAAUGUCAUAUUCGCAACAAAUGUUAUGUCUUCUAAUGUUUAUAGGCAAGAUCACCGCAUCUUGUUUUUGCUAAUUUGGUAAAAGUCAAAUAAAACACUUCCAUGGAGAUGAAAAAUUUGAUUUAUUAACAUGACGGUAUAAAUGUGAAACCCUUAACAAACAAGAAGGCGAGCAGAUUCACAAGCUUUGCUCAUCAGUUACGUAAAAUAUGAUA